CAAAUCUCUGUGUGAUCAAUUUAACACUUUAUUGUAAUCGUCAUGUACCAUCCUAAGCAGUUUUGGAGCAAUUGCCCGCCCAGGGAUGAUGUCACAUAAAAUGUAUUUGAAAGUAUAAAGAAGUUGUGUACCCUUACAUUUUUAUGUAUAUGCUUUUUGACACAGAUGAUUACAUUUACAUAGAAGCUGCAGCUUUGGCCAAUAUCAACUCUUGGCACUUUGAUCACCAAAACAAGAUUUUGAUUACAUGUCCGGAACCUUUUCCGCUAAACAAAUUUGAAUCAAUUUCCAAGUUACAUGUUUAUUUCAAGACACAAACGGAAAUAGAAACCAGAGAGUAAGCAGUCAUCACUUGUACAUCGGAGGAAAUAAUGUUUACGCCUGAAUUAAAGAGACAUUGUACAAUAUGGACAUCAUUGUAUUAUUGCAGGUUUUGUAUUUUCACUUUGUUUAACUCUUAGGAAAAUUGAAUCUAUUUUAUUUUUACUCACAGCUGUACCUUCUCAAAUUUAAACCAAAAAUCAUAAUACGAGAGAGGUUAUAAUGUAUAUCCGUAUAUCUGUAUCUGUUUUCAGAAUGGGAGGUGACCACGGCCACAACAAGAUGUCCAUGCCAGACUGGCGACAGUGGAAGGUGGAGGGAACACCGCUGGAGUUCACAAAGCAGAGACUGGCAACCAGGGGCCUCAAGGAUCCAUGGGCACGAAACGAGGCUUGGAGAUAUGCAGGCGGUUUCGCUCGUGCUGUGACUCUUUCUGAUGUGCUGCUCAGAGGAUUCAAGUGGGGCUUUGCUGCCUUUACUGUUGCUCUGGCUGUCGAGUACGCCCUGUUCCCACCCAAGAAGGGCGGCCACUAAUGCUCAUCAUUGUACCUCAAUCCCAGAGUCUGAAGUCCUAUAAUAUUUUCUGUUUAUUAAAAGUUUUUGUGACCACA